AGGACGAAGAAUGGGAAAAAAUGGGAAAAGACAGCAGAGGCUUCGAAAUGGUCCACAGAUUCCUUGCAUCCAAGUUCCUUACUCUGCCUCUGAUACUUCAUUGAUGAAGGGCCUAACUCAAGGGCAACAGCGCUACUUUUACAGCAUCAUGAGGAUUUAUGACUCCAGGCCUCAGUGGGAAGCUCUGAAGAUGCGCUACCUUCACAGCCUUCAGCACCAGCAGCUGCAUGGCUAUAUUACUCAACGGGAAGCCCUGUCCUGUGCCGCUGUACUUAGAGAUUCAACCCGGAGAGCAGCAGCCAAGGUUGCUUCUCACAGGCCUGUUCUCCAGAAGUCUUCAGCCAUGGUGGGAAAAUGUCCAUCAGCCCGAUCUGUUGUUCCUCGCAGAGCCCGGAACACAGGGCACUGA